AUGGAUUACAGCACCAUCAAGACCCCCGAGAGGUGCUAUGCCGACUUUUGUCUCAUACCUGUCGGCACGGGAAGCGUCUCAGUCGCAGAGGAGAUCGCCGAGGUCCAGAAGCUGUUGAAGGACAGUGGCUUGCAGUAUACUAUGCACUCUGCUGGCACGACGGUUGAGGGCUCAUGGGAUGAUGUAUUCCGUGUCAUCGGACAAGCACACAGUUUGGUCCACCAAAAGGGCGUAGUCCGGGUGCAGUCCAGCAUGAGAGUAGGCACUCGAACGGAUAAGAAGCAAUCCGCCCAAGACAAGGUGAAGAGGGUUCAGGACUUGCUGGCAAAGGAGACGUCGUGA